AUGGCUCCGCACCCAGAUCCUUCAUCGCUGGCUUUUGAAUAUGCAGCUGAAAACACCAUCAACACCCUGACCAGACGCGAUCUCCAGAGCCCAACUCACACACAGCAAGUCACACUGGGCAUCAUCGGCGUCUAUGUUGUGGUUAUCGCUAUCCUAUGGAACGUUCCCUACGUCCGCAUGGUCCUCUGGCCCUUCAAGAUGCUGGUCAUCGCCUUUCACGAGUUUGGCCACGCCUUUACAGCUCUCCUCACAGGUGGUCGCGUCAAGUCAAUCACUCUUGAUCCGAACGAAGGCGGCGUAACACAUUUCAGAGGCGGCAAACAAGGCUUGGUACUACCCGCUGGCUAUCUCGGCUCUUCUAUUAUCGGCGCACUACUCAUCUUCUGUGGAUUCAAUAUCGUUGCUAGCAAAGUCGCUAGUAUCGUGCUCGGCGUUUGCUUCCUACUAACACUCUGGUGGGGAAAGCGUGAUUGGCUUACCAUCGCGACUGUUCUUCUCGCCGUUGGACUCCUCAUCGCUUGCUGGUUCAUCUCACACGCCCAAGCCCUACGUUUCGUCGUCCUAUUCAUUGGCGUUAUGUCUUCGUUGUACAGCGUGUGGGAUAUUUGCGACGAUUUGAUUCUGCGUAAAGUCAACGAGUCCGACUCGAGCGUUUUCGCAAAGCGAUAUGGCGGUUCAUCGCAGUGCUGGGGUGUCAUCUGGGCUAUCAUUUCGGUCCUUUUCAUGGCUGCCGGCAUUGUCGCCGGUUUGGCAGCGUUUUCGCAGUCCUUUGCGCAACAGGAGAAGGACUCCCAGAAGUUCAUCCCUACCUAA